GUUACUAGAUGAUCAUGGAAGCAAGCAUACCAAUCAUGCUACUCCUGAUGAUGUUGCUUGAUUAGCAUUCAACCUGAAACUGAUGGUAGCUAGCCAAACCGAAGUGUGGGCCGUCUGAGUCCACGGAGCCCACAGAUAAAUCGAAGCCCGGCCCAUGCACCUCUCGGCCCAAUUUUCACUUGGGGACUCUUUUUUUUUUUUUUUUGACAAACACUUGGGGACUGAUUGUCGCAAUAUAACACGAUUAGAAGGCUGAAAAGCAAUUUUUCUCUUCCAACCUAAAAAAAAUUGGGGAUCAAGUGCGAGCGAAGGGUUGGAACUUGGAACAGCUACGCUAGGGUUUUCUUCUCUCUUUGCAUCUGCGAUUUCCUCAACUCGCUCGGUAAUUCUCCCGAAAAAUUGCUUGCUCUUUACUGGCUCGCGAAGGUUUCUGUUUAUCUUUCCUUCCGUCACUCCUCAAGCGCGAAGUUGUAGUCUUUUUGAAGUAUCCCGUGUCUGUUUUCCGCGUCGUCUCCCUUUUGCGGGUUUGUCGAAAGGUGAAGUCUUUCUUAGGAAUGUUAGGAUCUUGUAGCUUCCCGUGAGCUUCUGGGGAUAUUUGUGUUGUUUUCUACAUGUUUGGGUUCUGGGAUCUUCAGUAGCAGGCUUGAUUUAACCUUCGUUUCUUCUCUUUUUCGCAGGUUUCAUUUGACGCGAUGUCUCGCGUUUACAUUGGUAAUUUGGAUCCGCGGGUUAGUGAGCGUGAACUGGAGGACGAGUUCCGGAAAUUUGGUGUGAUCAGAAGUGUUUGGGUUGCCCGUCGACCUCCAGGUUAUGCCUUUAUCGAAUUUGAUGACAAAAGGGAUGCUCAAGAUGCUAUUCAUGAGCUAGAUGGUAAAAAUGGCUGGAGAGUUGAGAUGUCUCACAACUCUAGAGGUGGUGGUGGUAGGGGCGGUGAAGGUGGUAGGGGUGGAGGUGGUCGGUUUGGAGGUUCGGAUUUGAAGUGUUACGAGUGUGGGGAGCCUGGUCAUUUUGCGCGCGAAUGUCGCUCGCGUGGUGGAUCAGGAAGGAGACGAAGCCCCAGCCCGAGAUACAGAAGGAGUCCCGUUUAUGGCCGGAGUCCUCGUGGUGGAAGAUCUCCCAGACGCCGUAGUAUUUCACCCCGCCAGCGCAGCUUCAGCAGGUCACCACCACCAUACCGUGGGCGUGAAGAAGCACCACCCUAUGCCAAUGGUAACGGUCUGAGGGACAGGCGCCGGAGCAGGAGUUAGAUAUCUUAAUAUCACAGCUUCAUUGAAGCUUAUUGGCUUAGACGUGCUUAAUGUGUUAGCACUUCACUACUACUGUGUUGAGGGUCUGCUUCUUGGACUUGGAUAAGUUCCCUUCCGACUUAUGUGUAUGUGAAACUAGCUUUAUAUUUUGUUGGUUUUUUAUAUUUUUAAACAUUAUGUAGAGUAGUAGUAGCUCUUUAAGCCGUAUUGUUCCUAGUAUUGGUACUAAACACUUAUGAUUUUCUUUUGUGUUGAGGUUUCAUCUGCGUCUGCUUCAAAUCUUCCGUUGGUUUUCUGCUUCUUCACUUCCGGUUUCAUUCUCUGCCGCACUUCGUUGGUUUUGAUCUUCUUCGCUUCCGGUUUCAUUCUCUGCUGCCCAUCGUCUGUUGCUUUUGUGCUUCUUGGCUUCCGGUUUCAUUCUCUGCUGCCCAUCGUCUGUUGGUUUGUGCUUCUUCGCUUCUGGUUUCAUUCUCUGCUGCCCCUGCAUUAGCGAUCUUCAAUACUGAUUGGUCAGGGUCCGUACUACAUGUCUACUCCUGCCUAUGGUCUAGACACUUCUGUUUGAUUGAAAUCUUCCAGCCAUGGUCUAGAUGCUUCUGUUUGAUAGAAUUCUGCUGCCUAUGAUGUGCCACCCUCAAAUUCGAUCAGGAUUUCUUGUGUUUAACGCAAGAGAGGGCCUCCAUCAAACUCUUCUGGCAGGUACUUACAUUUGCUCCCCGAAGUUGAAAGUUUAGAAAUAUCAAAGGUUUGGUUUUUAGGUAUUAUAGAUAAGAAAAACAAUUUGAUUUUCACAUUUUUCGGACUGCUUAAGUCGUGUUAAAGCAGUUUCUCUUCGGAGAUUUCCUUAAGUAAGGUUUUGGUCCGUGAAAUUAGCAUUUAUCUGGCAUUAUAUUGUACCAUGAAGUCUUCUAAAAAGUCGACACAUUGGGUAUCUUUCUUCAACUUUGAAAGCUUUUAUACCAUAACUUUACAUAUUUAUUGUUUCCUCCAAGGUUUCCUGCAAUAAGAGGCUGUGGAUGAUUUACAAAUAUCUACUUGUUUGAUUGAUAUUGUGUCAAAGUAUUGACAGUUCCAAGUUUGUCUUUGGUGUUGAAGUGGUUCUUCACUCAUGUGCUGAGGACUUUGGACUUUCUCGUCGAAAAGUAUGACAUAUUCGGAUAUUCCAAUGAGAAUCUACUGUGUAGUUAGCUGAUUCGAGAGUCUAUCCAUCUUCAUGUGGCUCAGCAAUCCGAGCCUCGGUUCUUGGCUUUAUAGCAUUUGUUCUGUUCAACGCGUGGGGUUGUGGUUCGCAGUUUUGUCUACCCAGUUAUAUUGUCUCGUCUGCCGACAGUAUUGCUGUGGG